GCUGGCUUGCAUUGGCAUUUGUAAGACACGCGUCCGGCCCGGCCCAGCGGUGGUGUUUAAGGCGUUAAAGGUCCAGGGCUUCCCAUUUGUGGUGUGAUUGGCAACACCAGCUCCUUUUGCCAGCCAAGACGGCGACUUCCGCGGCUUUCCUUGGAACUGACGCUCUGGGGUGCCUGAGCAGAGCCGGGACUGGAACGCUUGCUCGCGGGUACCUGCCGGACGCGAGUUGCCGGAAUUGGGAGUCCCACUAGGGGGCGUCUACGCGGAACGCACACGGCUCCUCGGCUAGUAGAGAGUUUCUCAGGCACCUGUGUGUCGGCAUUGUAUUUGAAACUCCUGGAACUUCUGGAAAUUUUAUUUUGAUAUAUAACUUGUCUCAAAUUACACCACCUAUAUGUAGCCCAACAGAUGCUUAUUAGCCCAAGCCUAAAAAUUACUGCAUUCAUCAGAUAAGAAAAUCAAACAAAGUGAGAGUUGUAUCUAGGAAGAUGCAGACCCUGAAGAAGUUGAUGGAUGUCUUAAAACCACAAAACCUGACUCUACCUGAACAAAGUGAAGUUCUGAGAGCAGAUGAGUCUUGGCAGCAGGAAACCAUCCCAGUCAGGGAGACAUGUGACUCUGAGGCCUCUCGUCAAAAGUUCAGACAUUUCCAGUAUGUGGAAGUGUCUGGGCCUCAUGAAGCCCUGAGCCAGCUCUGGGAGCUCUGUCUUCAGUGGCUGAGACCAGAGGUUCAUACAAAGAAGCAGAUCCUAGAACUGCUGGUGCUAGAACAAUUCCUGAUAAUUCUCCCUGAAGAGGUCAGGACUUGGGUGAAUUUACAACAUCCAAAGAACAGCAAAGAAGUGGUGACUCUCAUAGAAGAUGUGAUUGAAAUGCUUAAAGAUAAAGAUAUACCCUGUGAAGAUUCUGCCCUUGUCCAGAACGGGAGCAUGAAGAAGGAGAAAAUGGAAGCUAACUCACUAACAGGCAAAUCCCAGGAACCAGUGACACUCAAAGAUGUUGUUGUGGAAUUCAGCACUGAAGAAUGGGGGCAAUUGGACCCUGCUGUAAGGAACCUCUACAGGGAUGUGAUGCUGGAGAACUAUAGGAACUGCAGUUCAUUGCGGAAAGAGCUUCAAUUUUCCAAACCAGUUGAGGUCCCCAAGUUGGAGAUUAAGACAGAAAGAUGGAUGAUGGAACAACAAAUCCCAAGAACAACAGUUUUUGAUAGACGGACAAUGUCAGAAAAUCAGGAUUUGGUUCCAAAGGAGAACAUUUCUAGAGAAGAAUCAUCCCAUAGAAUGAUAAUGACCAAACUGACGCAAAGUGGGCUUCCUUCUUUAGAUGCCUGGAAAAGGGAUGAUUGCUUACACAGGAAACACGAACACCAGGACAUGUAUUUGCCACAAGGAACUUUUGUUCAUAACACAAUUUAUGCUAAGGAGGGAGACUUGGAAUGUUGUGAAAAUAAGAAAAGCUUCGAUGUUAAGUCAGUUAACUUAGUUUUUAAUACACAACAGGGAGUUCCUAUGAGGAAGGAGUCCCCAAAGUGCGGUAAUUUUAAAACUAACUCCAAAUUUAGUUUAGACUUAGUAGGUAAGCAACAUUCAGAAUAUAAUGAAUAUGGGAAUGCCUCAAGCCUGAAUACAGAUAUUCGACAUCCAGAAAGUCAUACCGUCAUGAAUUGUUAUGAAUGUUUUCAGUGUGGGAAAGCCUUCAGCCGGAGCUCAUCCCUUGUUCGACAUCAGAUCAUUCACACAGGAGAGAAACCCUAUAAAUGCAGUAAGUGUGAGAGAUUCUUCAACCGACGAACAAACCUUAGUAAGCAUCAAAAAAUUCAUCUUGAAGAAACGGCCUACAGAGAAAAUAAAUGGGGAACUGCCUUCAGUAAGAGUGAAAACAGUAAUAACAAUCCAAGUCUCCAACCUAGAGGUAAUGCCUAUGAAUGUGUUAACUGUGGUAAAUCCUUCAGCCGGAGCUCCUCACUUAUUCGACAUCAAAUGAUUCAUACAGGAGAAAAACCAUUUAAAUGUAACAAAUGUGAGAAAACCUUCAACAGGAAUUCAAAUCUUAUUAAACACCAAAAACUUCAUACUCAAGAGAAGUCCUAUAACUAGCGUAAAUGU